CUCCUCCCUCCUCCACGCUCUCUCUCUGUCUCUCUUUCUCUCUCUCUUCUCUUUCUCUCUGGUCCUUUAAGCCUGCUGCAUCACAGGAGCUAUCCAGUGCUGAACCAAAUAUUUUAAUUGUAUUUUUUGGAAAGCUGGGGGUGCCAUAGAGAAACACACAGCAUUGUCAUCUGACUUGUUCUCCACUGAUUUCCAUUUUCAUUCCUUCUAUUAUGUCUUUUAGAGGUUGCAUUUUCCUUUAACAUAAGGAUUACUUCUACUGACAGCCGGCUCCAGCUCUGCCUGUUUGCUGAUUUCUUUGGGGGUAUUAUCUUUUCUCUUCAUGUGUGAUUCUCAGUUCUGUGUGUUUUUUAUUCUUUGAAACAUGCCCCGUUCGUUUUUGGUGAAGAAAAUCAAGCUUGAUGAUUUCUCUAAUCACCAUCACCACCUGGACGACUCGUUCACUCCUUUCACACGCUCCAUCACUGACUCUGUGACCAGCUUGGGCGUUCGUCUCAGUGAGAAUGGCUACAUCCAGGAUUACAUCACACCAUCUGUAUAUCAGGGGGAGACGAAGAUGGAGCUCAAGAUGGCGUUGCCCGUCUCUGACCCUCUGUACACCCAGGUGAGCAGCAGGGGUGAGGAGUACUGUGACCCUGACCUGGAGCACCCUGACAGCCCCCAGUCCGGCAUGACGGCCAGCGGAUUCUACAGUGGCGAGGCGGAGGCCCUGACCGAGGGCUACACCAUGGAUGCCUUCUUCAUCUCCGACGGGCGCUCACGGCGGAAGGGAGACGGUGAUGGCCGUAAGGGAGGUCUUUCUGGUGCUUCCAAUGCUGAUGCCACAGAGGAGAGGGAGGCAGGGGCCACCGGGACAGCCCGUCACACUUGCAACGAGUGCGGCAAGACGUAUGCCACCUCGUCCAAUCUCAGCAGGCACAAACAGACACACCGUAGCCUGGAUAGCAAGAUGGCGCGCCAGUGUCCCACCUGCGACAAAGUGUAUGUGUCCAUGCCAGCACUGGCCAUGCACAUCCUCACCCACAACCUAAAGCACAAGUGUGACGUGUGCAACAAGGCUUUCAGCCGGCCCUGGCUCCUGCAGGGCCACAUGCGCUCGCACACCGGGGAGAAACCGUUCGCCUGCGCCCACUGCGGCAAAGCCUUUGCUGACCGCUCAAACCUCCGUGCCCACAUGCAAACCCACUCUGCCUUCAAGCACUACCGAUGCAAGCGCUGCAAUAAGACCUUCGCCCUCAAGUCCUACCUGAACAAGCACUAUGAAUCAGCCUGCUUCAAGGGUUCCGGGGACGAAGAUGAUGACGAGUCCUGCUCUGAGAACUAGUUGCCGGAACCAGAAGGACGGAAGCAGAAUUUGGAAUCCUAUACUGUAGGUUCUACAACCAAUAACCCCCUUCACUCUGCCCUCCAUGCCUUUUUCUUCCUUUUUUUAGAAAGCAAUAUUUUCACUGAGAUUACGUGAAGAAAACUGUUAUGAUUAUGGCAAAGACAAUUUCAAAAGAUGCUGGACCCCCCCCCACCCCACCCCGCACAGUAGCUAAUCAUCCACAGAUACUUACAAUCAAAACAACAAUUCUCCAAAUAAAUACUCUAGUUUUUAGCUCACACACAAACACACACACACCCAUGUGCACACACGCUCACACAAUUAUAUAUGAGGCCUGGCAUGUGAUUUUUUUUAUCAAUGACUAUAAUGAUAUUGAUAUCAAUAGUAAUACUAUUUAGAUUCCUGAUAUUUUAUAGAAAAUAGUACAGGGAAAAUGAAGAAGAAGAAAAAAACAUAAAAAAGGACUGUAACAGUUUUCUUUUGUUUUUUAGAGACAAAAAUGACCUCUUGUAUUUUUAUGCUGCUUUUUAUUUGCUAAGAAUUUAAUUCUUUUGCAACUGCCAACAUUCACUUUUUAUGAAAAUGAGUACUAUGACAGUAUUUGCAUAAAAGGGAAAUCAUUUUAAAGUUUUAAAAGUACCCUUUUUGUCACACAUAUGUUUUUAAUUCAAUGGGUGUUAUUUUUCUAUUGUCCGACUGAAUUUGUUAUACAUUUUGGUGCCAAUUCCUCCUUGAUUUUUGAAAGCAAAGCAUCUUUGUAACUGUGGGUAUUCAGAAAACUUCCAGCAAAACUCAUUGAACAAACCUAAAGGCAAACUACAUCAGCUGAGUACAAUAGGAUCAUAAACCAGGGUCAUUGUCAGUUCCAUCAGAGAAGUUGUUUUGAGUUCUUAUGGAGACCUGUUGAACAGGUUGUGGAAUCACAAGACACCGGCGGCACUCAAAGUACACUCUCUUCAUCAUACUGGUAACUACAGUUUAACAAUAACAACCAAAUCUACCGAUCGUUGUUAUAGGUGCCAUGUGCAUUGUGCAGUAACCUGUCUAUAGCAUUGGAAACCAUCCCUGUUCUUCCUCCACCACGGUGGCUUGCAUGAACUUUGCCACUCUGUGGUGUUUCCCUCAGUCGUAAUAAGCAAUGUUCAUUACACUCUCUGAGGUGCUCUCCCUCUUCUUUUACUGGUAUUACCUCAAAAAGGAAAAUAUAUGAGCUCAUGACAUGCGCCCUCAGUUACAAAGGAAUGUUUUAUUUUAUUUUAUAUAUGUUGCUGAAAGCUCUUUCUACCAUUAGAUGUAUAGCAUCCUACUACCUUGUAAAUUGUGUAUUUAUUGAUCUAUUUAUGUAAGUAUUUAUUUGUCAAUUUAUUAAUGUAUUUGUUAUAUUUCUUUCUAAAUGUAUUCAUCUAUUAAUUUAUUAAUUUAUGCCAUUACAGUACUUGUCUAUUCACGUGUUGAAAUAUGACUUUCCAUUGACCUUGUAAGAUGCUGCUGAUCUUCAAAGAAAAUGUGUAUAUGCAUGAAACUGUAGAGAGUCCAUGGGACUUAGUUUUUUAAAGAGGAACAAUGACUAGUAUCAGCCAUAACUUCAAACAAAUGAUGAAUGCAGAUUAUAUUUGUUUCACAGCAAUAAUAACUUCACUGGUACAGCAAUUGACAUGUAUAAUAAUAAUCAAAACUGUCCUGUUUGCAGUCGAUUUAGGGCAAUAAAAUGAAACAGAUGAAGAAGAAAUGUUAAUAAAUCCUCCAUCUUGUUGUUUCCCAAAGGUAGAGUCCACCCAACUGCCUCCCUCCACAUAUUGGCUGAAGAUUGACCCUUGAAGGGUUGAUGAUCAUGUCAUGCAAUGCUGUCCAAAGAUAGCAAACCUUACUAUUAUGCUUUAUUAGAAAACCAAUGAAAUCUAACAUUUUCCACAUAGAACAUCAAACACUUCCUUAUUCAACCUUCUGAAUAAGAUAGGGGGAAUCAGUUAUUUUCAAACAGAUACACAUUCUAUUCUACCAGCUGGCUUGUCUUCCACAACUCACAUAUCUGUAUUCCAGAAUCCUGACAGGUUGAGUUAGUUGGAAGGAGGACUGAGGGGCCCCAAUCAUCAUGCCAGAGGAGAUAAUGGCAAUGGGAAGGCUUUUUUCCCAGGUGGAUUAGCCAGGCUGUAAUAAUAGCAAUGCAGUAAUUAUAAAACAGUGUCGACAGCAAUUGCUCUCCCGAUUACCCUGCCAGAGCUUUGCUGCAAGCCAUUAAAGCCCUGUAAAAGGGAAAAGUUGGGAAUCAAGAGAUUGGCAGAUUUAUCUGUAAGACAGUGUUUUCCUUAUAAUGUACACUAAGAGAGCUUUGGAAAGGUUUAUGUAGCCUGGUUUAACAGUGAAAGGGGAAUAUGCACUGAAAAGACCUUAGAAGUUAAAGGAAAAUGUGAAUGUUUUCCAAAACCUCCCACAAUAUAUAGGAAACAGUAAUUGCACAAGAAAUUAAAACAACACUUCCCAUAACAGAAAAUUGCCACUUGGUUGGAAGGCUGAAAACAACCGGUGUUAGUCAGUGUGAUACAGACUGCUUUCCAUUUAGGACAUCUGUCAUGAUAGGGAUUUUGUUUUACAGUCACAGUUGCUUCCAAAAUGAAUCUGUUUGGCAGAUUGCUCUAUGUUGAAUCCAUGUGUUUUUUAGGAUUAGAGGUUUGAAAUUAUGGGGUGUCUAUCGGAAAGAUAAUGAUAUCUAUGAAAAAUAUGUCAUUAUAAUUAAUGUGUCAAUAAAAUUGAUGUUCUUCCAUCAAUUGACAAGAGAAGGCUUUAUACAAAAUCCUUUAUUCAUGUAAAUCUCGUCAUGACACAUGAUGUUAUUGUUGUAAAAUAAUAAUACACCAUCCUCUCCCUCUCUAACUGGUUUUGAUGAGAUGUGUGGUGUAGUGGUGUGUGAGAUGGUUCGACUGGGAUUGGUAGAGGCUGUGGCGUGUGGGAGGAUAACAGGUGUUUGCAGACAGACUGCAGAUAGGGAGAGUAAUUGAGUUGGUGAGCGACCUCCAAGGGGAAGGUCGAGCACCAGCAGACAAAUGCACUGUCAGCUAUUUGCAUAUUCCAAAUGGAUGACACAAUCACAGUAAUGGUGAGUUCUCCUUUAAAAACCUGUAGGGAAUAAAUAGAUUCUGCCU